GUGCGCGUUCCCGCCACCAGCGUGCGCACUCCGGUCGCACCCGGUGACGCGUCGCCGGCGGGUGCCGGUUGGGGGUGCGGCUCCAGGAAAGGAGCGCGGCCUCCAGGAAGCCGGUUGGCCGUGAUGCUGCCAGUUGAUGGUCCCUCCGCUCCCGGGGUCCCCGGCCGGCCAAGCAGGAGGGCUCUAACUCCAUGAGGACCCCAGCAUUAUUUCUAUAAUUGUUUGUGAGAAGGACUGAAUCCCCGAGCAUUGCCUUGUUGCUGACCUUUCAGUAUGGGGAGGAUUGGCAUCUCCUGUCUUUUUCCUGCUUCUUGGCAUUUUAGCAUAUCUCCAGUAGGGUGUCCUCGAAUUCUGAAUACCAAUUUACGCCAAAUUAUUGUCAUUAGUGUCCUGGCUGCUGCUGUUUCACUUUUAUAUUUUUCUGUUGUCAUAAUCCGAAAUAAGUAUGGGCGACUAACCAGAGACAAGAAAUUUCAAAGGUACCUGGCACGAGUUACCGACAUUGAAGCUACAGACACCAAUAACCCCAGUGUGAACUACGGGAUCGUGGUGGACUGUGGCAGCAGUGGCUCUCGAGUAUUUGUCUAUUGCUGGCCAAGGCAUAAUGGCAAUCCACGUGAUCUGUUGGAUAUCAGGCAAAUGAGGGAUAAAAACCGAAAGCCAGUGGUCAUGAAGAUAAAACCGGGCAUUUCAGAAUUUGCUACCUCUCCAGAGAAAGUCAGUGAUUACAUUUCUCCACUUUUGAACUUUGCUGCAGAGCAUGUGCCACGGGCAAAACACAAAGAGACACCUCUCUACGUUCUCUGCACGGCUGGAAUGAGAAUCCUCCCUGAAAGCCAGCAGAAAGCUAUUCUGGAAGACCUUCUGACCGAUAUUCCCGUGCACUUUGACUUUCUGUUUUCUGACUCUCAUGCAGAAGUAAUUUCUGGGAAACAAGAAGGUGUGUAUGCUUGGAUUGGCAUUAAUUUUGUCCUUGGACGAUUUGAGCAUAUUGAAGAUGAUGAUGAGGCAGUUGUGGAAGUUAACAUUCCUGGAAGUGAAAGCAGUGAAGCCAUUGUCCGUAAAAGGACAGCGGGCAUUCUCGACAUGGGUGGCGUGUCGACUCAGAUAGCGUACGAAGUCCCCAAAACUGUAAGCUUUGCGUCCUCACAGCAGGAAGAAGUAGCUAAAAACUUGUUAGCUGAAUUUAACUUGGGAUGUGAUGUUCACCAAACUGAGCAUGUGUAUCGAGUCUAUGUGGCCACGUUUCUUGGGUUUGGUGGCAAUGCUGCUCGACAGAGAUACGAAGACAGAAUAUUUGCCAACACCAUUCAAAAGAACAGGCUCCUGGGUAAACAGACUGGUCUGACUCCUGAUAUGCCGUACCUGGACCCCUGCCUACCCCUAGACAUUAAAGAUGAAAUCCAGCAAAAUGGACAAACCAUAUACCUACGAGGGACUGGAGACUUUGACCUGUGUCGAGAGACUAUCCAGCCUUUCAUGAAUAAAACAAACGAGACCCAGACUUCCCUCAAUGGGGUCUACCAGCCCCCAAUUCACUUCCAGAACAGUGAAUUCUAUGGCUUUUCCGAAUUCUACUACUGCACUGAGGAUGUGUUACGAAUGGGGGGAGACUACAAUGCUGCUAAAUUUACUAAAGCUGCAAAGGAUUACUGUGCAACAAAGUGGUCCAUUUUGCGGGAACGCUUUGACCGAGGACUGUACGCCUCUCAUGCUGACCUCCACAGGCUUAAGUAUCAGUGCUUCAAAUCGGCCUGGAUGUUUGAGGUGUUUCAUAGGGGCUUCUCGUUUCCUGUCAACUAUAAAAGCUUAAAGACUGCCUUGCAAGUUUAUGACAAGGAGGUUCAGUGGACCCUUGGAGCCAUCCUCUACAGGACCCGCUUUCUACCAUUAAGAGACAUCCAGCAGGAGGCCUUCCGGGCCAGUCACACCCACUGGCGGGGCGUCUCCUUUGUCUACAACCACUACCUGUUCUCUGGCUGCUUCCUGGUGGUGCUGCUGGCCAUCCUGCUGUACCUGCUGCGGCUGCGGCGCAUCCACCGGCGCACUCUCCGGAGCAGCUCAGCCGCCGCCCUCUGGAUGGAGGAGGGCCUUCCCGCCCAGAAUGCUGCGGGGACCUUGUGAUCUUGUGAUCUUGUGAUCUGGCUCAUAGUUCCACGAAGACUCAAAGACUCGAAAGGAAAAGCCAUUUUUGCCUCAGGGUUUCUCCUCUUUAUUUUCCUGUGGUUUUGUUUUUUAUUUCCCUUUUUUGUUCCUCCAAACAAAAACAAAAUCCAUUGUUUGUAAGCCCUGCUGUCUAGAAGUAUUGCAUUUAGCCAUUCUGAGUACAGCUUUAAAUUGAGGAGUGGGGAAAAGGGAAAUUCACUUGAUUUUUGCUGCACAGGGUAUCUGCCAAAAGUAAAUGAGAUUUCUGGGGUUUCUUUAAGGAAUUGUAAAUGUAAACAGAUGCACUUUGAUACCGGAGGGAGGUGGAAAGCCACAUUCUGUCAGUGGAGAGAGGACUGAAUAGUGAUGCUUUUAUAGAACCAAAAAACUUCCUGCCUGAAAUGAUAAUCCUCUGUUUUCUCUGUCUUGAAAGCUCUAACCCGAAGAAGGUGAUGUUUAUUUUUUAUUUAUUGUUCAGGUCUGUUACUGUGUAUGUUUUCUUUGCAAAUUUAAAUUUUUUAAACCAUGUAUAUCUAAAACAGAGAAAUAUAGGCACCAGGAGAUAACCAUUUAUAAAAGUGAUAGUGAACUAUCGACUAGAGCUUUGUGUGAGUGUGUGAAAAAUCUCCAGGAACCAGAGUGAGGGGAGGCAAUGCUGGUUCCUCAAAAACACACACUUCAGAAUUUACUGGUUCAUUUUAUUUGGAAAAAUCCUUGUUACUAUUAUCUUUUCCUCACCGCAGAUAAUUACUCUCCUUAUUCCAUAUUUCAGUGGCAUUAGAACACUUUUUGGUUUUGAAAGAAUUAGAAAAAUCCUAGUUUCACCAGUUUCGGUUUUAUUGGAACUAGACCACAUGCCCACUCCUUGCUCUUCAGUAUUUCUCAGUGUUUCUGCUUAAUUGUGCCUCAGUUUCUUCCAGCUUCCAAUUGGUGUUCCCCACCCCACCCUCCGUAAUUAAAAGUCAUCUCAGCUUUUAAUCGUGCUGGGAGACCCCACGCACAGCCUGCCGAGUGCUCUUCCUCACUGCUUUGGCUGAGGCUGUCGUUGCCAGUGCCACUGUAAAUCCAGAAGGAAACAGUCUGCAUCCAAUACAGAAAAUAAAUUCACAUGUGAAGGAAAAAAAAAUGACAAUUUAAGCCAAAAUCUAAAAAAGACAAUUGGAUUGGCAUAUGUGAGAUUGCGUUUUUUCACCUAUUUAGUUAGUUGAGAAGUUUGGGGGAUUCUCGUACAGUUUUUUAGGUGGAGUUUGUUUUGUGUGAGUGUCUGUAUGUGCUGUUCCCUAACUCCAAGAACAGUUAAAUUCAUGUACUUGGUAGCAGAUUAGUGGGGUUGUUGCUAUAACAGAUAGCUGAGGAUAUGGAAGUGGCUUUGGAACUAGGUACUGGGCAGAGGCUGGACAAGCUUGGAGAAACAUGAGAGAAAAGGCCUGUAUUGCCGUGAACUGAGCAUUAGAGGCAGUUCUGCUGAGGGGUCAGAAGAGAAGACUUAAGGGAAUUCUGUCCCAAUUGUGGCUCAAACUGCCUCAGGUGCGGCUUAACCUGCCUCUCUGGAAGGUAAAAUGCAUCUAAUCCUUGAGGCAAGAGCUGUGGGGGCAUGGCUCCCUCCACCUAGAUCUCAAAGCAUGUUACUAGCAGCCUGGGGACCCAGGCAGAGGCUUGUCACAGGGCAGAGGCGAGAGCCGGUUCAUCUUCAGCAGUGCCUCGUGCAGCCGCAGAGCCUCGGAGGAGGCUCUGCCUGUCUGGAUUUGCUGGCAUCAUAUUUGUGCUUCACGGUCAAAGUUGUUAAGAAAGGGGGUGGGCUUCUGGCUACCUAAUAAGUUGGUCCUGGCCACCUAAUAAAUUGGUCUUGGCCACCCGCCUGUGACUCCUCAUAUAGGAGCCAUGGAUUAUUGGUGGAGGCUGCAGGGAGCUGGCGAUGGAGCCACUAGGGGUCAGCAGCAGAGACAGAAGGAAGGGCCACAAAUGGGUGAAGUUGGCAGAUGGGCACCCAGGGAGUUAGGGGACCCCCGCCUUCCAGCUCUGGACAUAAAAGUUAGUCACAUACCUGAGGGUCGUGAAACAAAGGCUGAGAAAACCUCGCUGCUCCAGCUGAGAGGCAGCAGUGGAUUUGUCAUUUUUAAACAGUUACCUAAGAAAAAACGUUGAAGAAUAUGCAACAGACACUAUGUGUGGCCUGUAAAGCGUAGAAUAUUUACUAAAAUAUUUGCAGAAAAAUUUGUUUGUCCUUUUGAGAACAAUGCAGUUCAAAAAAGGAUACAGACAGCAGCAUCCUCUUAAAUCAGGAAUGUAGUUUCCAUUUGUGGGCACAAAAAGAUGGACAAGAGAAGUAACCAAACGUCAAUCUUAAAAUAUUUGUUUAUGCACCAGAAUUUCAGUUAGCAUUUUUCUGUCUAGAUUAUUUUCAAGAUGAGUUUUCAAACAAACCAAGAGACCUGCCCCUCACCCAAAAUCGUGUAAAAAGAGACCACUCAAGGGAGUUCAUUAUGCUGUGUGGAGAUGUCUGCAGUCACCACAAAUCACAUUCCAGAGAAGGUCUCGCGUAGGUGAAGACAGCCAGGUGCUUUCUCUGAGAGAUACAGGGUGGGUGAGAGACGAGCCAGGGAGGAGCUUAAUUCUAGAGAAGAAUUCCUAUCAAGAGCUGACCGAGAAGGCUCUGUGUACUUGUAACAGAAGAAAUUGGACUAGGAACUUGCCCAAAGCUUUAUCAAAGAAAAGCAUCGUGUUCAACCUUGGUAGAAACAUGCCAGCAAUAAGUGCUUAUGUUCCACAGCCGUAUCAUAGGCUUCUCAUUUUUAAACCUCCUCCAGGGGAUGUUCUCAGAGAUUUCACAAUCCCUCUGGGGACAUUACGCUAGAAGAGAAAUACAUGGAAUUGUACCAGUGCUUUUUGCCCAUGUUCAUCCUAAGCUCCGGCUUUAGGCAGUGCUUUCUGACCUGGGCAGAGUGAAGGCACUGCUGGUGGCUGAGGCCAGUGACAUGGGGCCCCUGCCCAGCUGCCCUGAAGGCUGGGUAGGUCCCUGUUUUCACCACCAGUUUUCCACACCUGUGUACUCUAGAUUAACUCUGGAUAAACAGAUACUUACAUUUUAAACUCAGGCCUAUACAGAGUAGUUUUCCUUAAGAGGAGCAUGUAUCACUUAGCAAGAAACUAAAAAUGUCAAAUGAGUUUUCCAUCCUUUAAGGAAAAAAAUCAGCUUUAGAAUUCUGUGCGGUCGGUCGUGUGCAAUGCAGCAAAACUACCUUUCAGUAAAUUACUUAGUUAUUUAUUUCAAUGUUUUGUUUCUUUUGAUACCAAGUGUCCCUUUCAAUAAUUAAUGAUGUGACCAACCAAGGAGAAUUUUUUUGUUCUGUGCUAAAAUUCUGUUUUACAGUUAGGAAUUAUGAAAAGCAAGGGAGCAUCUUUAAAAGUUUUUUGUUUAAGUGAUGUCUUCCAUCCAAAGUAAGAAUAAUUCUCUCGGAAAGUCCUUGUGGUGUCAUGUCACUUGCUGUAUGUGGCAGCCUUACAUUGCCACACGUAGGUAUUGAAAAAUCAAUAAAAUGAAAGUGCAUCAUCCCAUG